AUGGUAACUUUUAAUUCAGCCUCCAAAACAAAAGAAAAAGAAAUCCAAGAAGCAGCUUCUAGAAGAGCAGGCCAAACUUCAAGAAGAACUCAGAAUUCAAGAAGAGCUCGAAAGAAUCAGAAAAGCUGAAGAAGAAAAGAAACGGCUGGAAGAAGAAGAAAUCAAAAGGCAAGAAGAUGAAAAACUCCGUCAAGAAGAAGAAGCCAGGCUCUCCCAAGAACGUGAACUUCUUCAUCCAUGGCUUGAAAAAGUGACCCGCGAGCUCAUAAAAAUCAAAGAAAUUAA